AGAGAGAGAGAGAGAGAGAGAGAGAAUGGGUGGACGGAAAGUCCCCGUGUGGAAAUCCCCUUGACUUGGGCUUUUUCCUUUAAAAAAAAAGCUAUCAUUAGCGGACGUGUGUACUCUUUUGAAAGGCUUCAUGAGCUGCUCCUUAAUAGCCAAGAUACCGACUAGAAGAGAAGGUUGAAUGGCGCCGAGGACCGCUGCGGUGAGGCUGAGUGAAGUGGCUCAGAGAGAGGACUAGCAUCCGGGAGGGCUUUGUUAUUACCCCCGACAUAUUACCCAGUUUCCACGUUGUUCGGUCAGCGGUGGUUGGUGCCUCCUCCUCCUCCUCUCCUUUCCUCCUCCUCGUUCCUCUUCCUCCCUUCCAUCCAUCCACUUGGCCACUCAUCCGCCAUGUCGCAGGGUCAGAACUACCUCCCCAAAUUCCUGUUUGUCUCCAACUUGCUGAAGGCGGUGAAGAUCCGUCAGCAAGUGCCCAACGACGUGGUGAAGCCGGAUGGCAAAAACGGCCUGAUGCACCACCUGCUGGGCAUGCACCGUUACACGCUGGAGAUGAUCGCCAUGAACCACUUCCCGCAGGCCUUCAUGGAGGUGGUGCAGGCCGCCAUCUUGGACCGGGCCAUGCAGGUCUCUCUGGAGCAGGAGAAGAAGCUCAACUGGUGUCGGGAGGUGAAAAAGAUGGUGCCUUUACGUACCAACGGAGACGGGAACUGUUUGCUUCACGCGACCUCUCAGUACAUGCUCGGCGUUCAGGACACAGACCUGGUGCUUCGGAAAGCCCUCCAUGGUGUUUUGAAAGAAACAGACACUGGCGUCUUUAGAGCACGGUUCCAGGCAGAGCUGCUCCAGUCCCAGGAGUUCACCCAGACCGGACUCCGAUACACCACCAUGAACUGGGAGGACGAAUGGGAGAAGAUUGUGAAGAUGGCGUCUCCGAUUUCCAGUAGCAAUGGCCUCCAGUUUGACUCUCUGGAGGACAUUCACAUCUUUGUCCUCUCCAACAUCCUCCGCAGAACCAUCAUCGUCAUCGCAGACCAGGUGGUUAGAAGUAUGAAAUCUGGUUCCUCCAUCUCUCCUCUGAAUGUGGGGGGGAUUUACCUUCCGCUACACUGGCCCCCCGCAGAGUGCUACAAAUACCCAAUAGUGCUCGGCUACGACUCCCAGCACUUUGCCCCCCUCAUCACCAUCAAAGACAGCGGUCCAGAAAUCCGAGCGGUACCGCUAAUCAACCCGGGCCGAGGGGGCUUUGAGGAGCUGACGGUUCACUUCCUGGUGGAGAAAGAACAGCAACAGAAAGAGAGGCUCCUCAAAGAGUACCUGCACCUGAUAGAGAUCCCCGUCAUCGGCUUAGGCCUCGAAGCUACACGGAUCAUCAACGCUGCACGGCUGGAUGAGGGAAACCUCCCGGAGGACAUGAACCUGAUGGAGGACUACCUGCAGCUCGUCAACCACGAGUACCAGCGCUGGCAGGAGGACAAGGAGCAGGCGUGGGCCGCCCAGCCUCAGCGCCCCCCACCCUUCUCCGUCUCCCAGCUCUCCCUCAUCGAGAUCCGAUGUGCCACGCCACGAUGCACCUUCUACGUCUCCGUGGACACGCAACCUCACUGCCACGAGUGCUUUGAGAAGCGACAGGCCACAACGGGCGGAGGCAUGAGGAUCGAAGGGGUGGUGCAGUCCAAGGGACGGGGGGGGCAAGCUGGGGUGUUGGUGAUCGGGUGUUCAGAGGCCGAGGUGAGCUCGAGAGGAGCCCGAGGCAGCAGCCCCCUAUCCUCCACGUCUGGGAGAGGGGUGGUAGUGGUUUCCAGCCCCCGCUCAGCCCCCCCCACCGCCCCUAGCCUCAGCCUGUACAGCGAAACUCACGCCAUGAAGUGCAAGACCCCCGGCUGCCUCUUCACCCUCAGCGUGGAGCAUGAUGGACUCUGCGAGCGCUGCUUCAACUCCAGGCAGAAUCACGGACUCCCUGGAGCUGGAACGGCUGCUCCAGUUCUCCCAGGCACCAACGGGGGGCCCACAGUCCCCCACCCGACCCCGAGCUCCGGCUGGAGCCAGUGGGGGGGCCGAGAGACAGAGACAGAGCGCUGCAGCAUGUGCAGACAGGAGGCGUUCAGGAUAUUCAAUGGCCUGUGUCCACCCUGCAUGCAGAGACAGCAACCUCCAGAGAUGGGGGAGCCACAGCAGAACAACCCCAGGACUGAGGCCUCGUCUUCAGCUUGGAUCCAGGCCAGGGACACUGAGCGGCCGGGACCCACCCUCGCCCCAGGGGGGCACGCCUCAGCCUGGCAAGCCCCCCUGGCCAGGCCUUGUAAAAGAUCUGGAUGCCAGUUCUUUGGGACUCAAGAGAAGCUGGGCUUCUGCACUAUCUGCUACGUAGACUAUCAGACCAACCACCACCUGACCCCUCCCCCCGCCCCGGUGCAGAACCGCCACGGUGUGGAGGCGGGCUUCCAGAACGCGUCACGGUGCCGCGGGCCCAGCUGUGGGGCAGUGGGCAAAGCGAUGCUGGAGGGCUACUGUGACAAGUGCUACGUCAAAGAGCAAAGCACACGGCUCAACCAAGUUGCACAUCGCACACCACACUCCCCUCCUCUGGUGCUGCGCAACCAAGCCGUCAAACCCAGAUGUUCGCAGCAAUCUCAGACCCAGAACCCGACUCAAACCCAAACCCAAACCCAGACUCAGACUCAGACUCAGUGCCGGCGCAGUGGCUGCAGUAAUGUGUCCCCGGGUUGCACAGACCUCUGCCCGGAGUGCCACACCCGAGGUCAGGGCAGGAGGGCGCAGGCGCCUAAAGAAAAGUCCAAGCAGCGGUGCCGGACGCAGGGCUGCAACCACUACGCCAACCAAGAGAAACAGGGCUACUGCAACGAGUGUUACCACUUCAAAGAGAUUUACCCGGACUGAACACGUUCACACCCACAACGAUGGUGACACAUCGCUAGAGCCGCUGCCCCAUGCCAGUCAAUGCACCUCUGAUACUAACUAACCAACUAACUAACUAGCUAGUGACCUACUAGUAACCUUAUGGCCUGAAAAUCAAACCCCCCAUGUAGAAUGUGAAGAAAGAGUGUGUGUACGUGGGGGGGGGUUGAGUGUGUGUGUGUGUUCGCAGUAGACAUGGCCUCCAGAAUACCUCUUUGUGCAAUUAUUAUCAUCUAACGUGCGCUGUGCACUUACACGGUGAGAGGUUUGACUACAUGUCAGAGCAACUGACUUAACUCUUGUGUACAAUAUGUAUUUAGAGGUACGUGGUGAAGCGUGCCGGACAAAAUGAUUGUAUGUUGACAUAACGAGAAGCAUCUGACAUUGCUUUCUAGACCACAGCCAAGGAUUUAUACCCCCCGUCUGUUUGUCUGUCUUCACCCAUCUGUGUAUCUGCCUGUCUGUCUAGCAUUUGAUCUGUAGAAAGAGGGAUGCAAUUAGUUUGGGAUCAAAGCAACAAAUCUGUAGUAAGCAGAAUUGAUGCAAAGUGGGUCAAACCAACGCAAUUAAAGCGCUUAAAACUAAAUGCACCAUUUUUUUAGCUUAGUUUUCCAAAAAAACAUGAAUGUCCUCCCAAAAAAGACAAAGAUUUGCCAAGCAAGGCUCCUGCAAUCAAUCAAACAGUUAUCGAUGAUUAAUUUUCUUCCAUUCGUCAGUGUAUUUGAAGGCAAAUUAACCUUAGCAUUGUAAAGUUUUGACUUGCCUGGUAUGGAAAGUGAGAACAGACCAUGUGUCUAAACAGUGCGAGACAGACAGGGCAGGCCCCUGCUAGUUUUGGUGCUACAUGUACAGAAAUACAAGCCUCUCCAUUGCAGCCAACAUGCUGGCGGUGUCAGCGGACAGAUGGCAGAGAAACACAGCAGAGACAGGACUCAUUCUUUUUCUACUCCUUCCUCUUAUUUCCUCUCUUAUCCUCCAAAACAGAUCUGUUGCCUUGGACGUUGUUUUCUUGUUUACUAACCACUGAAGCACCUAGAAAUGCAUAGACACACACACCUACACAUGCGCACACCAAUGUAGUAGCAGUCCUGUCACAAGGGGAUUGCCGAGUUUAACUGAGAAGACAAUGAAGGGCGAAGUUAGGAUGAUUAUCCACCUUUCCAUCACAUACAUGCAAACACAGCUCUGUGAGAUUGUAUGCACUCCACCCCAGCCUGAGGUGGUGUGUAGGUAAACAAACCCAUAAAGAAAUGCAUUCCUCUGCUCCACCCUCACUGGAUGUGCCAAGGUGACAAUUUCAUAACUUCAGAGAGCAAUCCCAUCGCCUGCUUCGGCUAAUCUUUAUCUGAAUGUGUUUUUGUUCUGCUGCUACAACAGCACAGUAUUGGGGCUGAUCCUCAAUAAGUUUUGCCUUUAAGUAGUGAUUAAAAAUGUUAUGGACCAGAGGAGCCUGAUCGGCGAGGCUGCAUCAGUGCUCCCACCUAUAAAAUGCUUUUGUGAAUAUGUAUCUUGGUCCGUAUUGUAGGACCUUCCAACCCGAUGCCUCAUCUCAUACACACGCACUCAACGCACAAAUGUGUGCGUCUGGAAUACGCAAAACUGACAUUCCUGUUUUGUUUUUUUUACAUGUGCCAUCAAUCGCCAAACAGUUGUUGUUACCUCCUUAAAAACGGCCAGCCUGUACCAUUCGAAACUAACUAGUGCCGCAGAUAGACAUCUUUAACUUCAUGUGACCACACUAGAUCGAGCUAUCUCAUGUUGAAAAUCCCCAAACUCUCAUGAAUAUCUAUUUUUAUCAGAAUACCAAGAACUGUUUAUCUACAGAGAUAACCUCAAGCGUAUAAAAAUGUAUCAACCAAACUCGAACAUGAUUUUAACUUGAACAGUUAUUCCCCUUGUACUUCUGCUGAAAGUCCACUGCUGUAGGAAGAUGUCCAUCUGUGGCUGUAGUUAGAAAGCUUAGACAAACAGGCUCUCGGUCUGCCUUUUCAUUCAACUGUAUCUAAAGCUGUCGGGCCAGCCCACCUGUUGACGGCCUGCACGUAGAUCUCUGUGUGCUUUAAUCACCUCUAGACAAACCUUAAUCAAUGAAAGGCCAAUUGGUGGUCGGCUCAUCAGGACCCCUACCAAGGUUUGGGGCUCUGGCUGAGUUCGACUGGGAGAAGAUCAUAUAAGUUGCACAUGACUUGUCUGAGGCAUUUAGGAAUGGUACUCCGACUCGCUGAGGGACAUUCCAACAGUGGGAUGAGCCCGAUCAGCCUGAAAGCAGAAGGUGUAACAAAACAUGCAAACUGUGUGGAAGUUUCUUUGUGUGACCUUUCGACAAUAGGGUAUUGUAUGAAAAAAAAGCCUGGUUUUAUUUGUUAAGUAUUUAUUCAUAUCAAGAUAUCUGUAUUGUGUGAUUCAAUAAUUAUUUAUAUGUCGUCCUGAAAUGAAUUAUUUUUAUUAAGAAA